AUGGCCAACCGACUGAGCUUAGCAGUGGCGAAGAACUUGCUCUUGAAGACGACGACGAAUUCGGGUGCUGCUCUUCGAACCUUUUCCUCCCCAGCAAAGAAGCCCAUCUCCUACAACCUCGAGAAGAAGGUAGCCAUUGUUACCGCCUCCACUGAUGGAAUCGGCCUGUCAAUUGCUCAGCGGCUGGCGCAAAGCGGCGCCUCGGUGGUCGUCAGUAGCCGAAAGCAGGCCAACGUCGACCGGACGGUGGCCGACCUGCGCAAGGAGGGCCUCUCCGUGGAGGGCAUCGUCUGUCACGUGGGCAAGGACGCCGACCGAAAGGCGCUGGUCAACUUUACGCUAGAAAAGUUCGGCGGCAUCGACAUCUUCGUCUCGAAUGCGGCCGUCAACCCGGGCGUGGGCAUGAUUCUGGAGACCGAAGAAGAAGUCUGGGACAAGAUCUUCGACAUUAACGUGAAGGCGGCGAUGCUCCUCACCAAGGAGAUUGUGCCUCACAUGGAGAAGCGAGAGGGGACGAAGGCCAUCGUCUACAACGCCUCCAUCGGCGCCUACCAGAUCUUCCCCGUCCUCUCGACGUACUCCGUCUCCAAGACGGCUCUCCUCGGCCUGACGAAGGCCGUCGCCGCGCAGUGUGCCCCGCUGAACAUUCGCGUCAACGCCGUCUGCCCGGGCGUCGUCCAGACCAAGUUCGCCUCGGCCAUCACAACUAAUCCCGAGGCGGCGGAGGAGGCGCUGCGACCGAUGCUCAUGAAGCGACUGGGCGUCCCCGACGACAUCGGCGGCGUGGUCACCUUCCUCUGCUCCGACGACGCCUCCUACAUGACCGGCGAGUCGAUUGUCGCCGCUGGAGGACUCUUUUCGCGACUGUAA